CGCCGAUCGCCGUUGACUACAAAGCACGGUGGUGGACUGGUGGUAGCAAUAGCACUAGCACGCCAUGGCGGAGCAGCCGGGCAGGAGGCAGCGGCGCUCGCGGCGGGCGACGCUGCUCCUGGCGUUCGCGGCGCUGGCGAUGGAGCGCGCCGACGCGGCGCUGCUCCCGGCGGUGUACCGCGAGAUCGGAGCCGCGCUGCGGGCCUCACCCACGGCGCUUGGCUCCAUCGCGCUGUCCCGCUCCGUCGUGCAGACCGUCUGCUACCCGCUCGCCGCCUACCUCGCGGCGCGCCACGACCGCCUCACCGUCAUCGCGCUCGGCGCCUUCGUCUGGGCGGCGGCCACCUUCCUGAUCGGCUUCUCCACCACCUUCCCACAGAUGGCGGUGACCGCGGCGUUGAACGGCGUCGGGCUGGCGCUGCAGAUCCCUGCGAUCUACGCCUUCGUCGCCGACUCCGUCGACGGGGCCAGCAGGGGCGUGGCGUUCGGGUGGCUCGCGGUGGCCGGGAAGGCCGGCACCGUGGCCGGCACCUCCCUCGGCCUCCUCAUGGCGCCGACCUCCUUCCUGGGGUUGCCCGGCUGGCGGCUCGCCUUCCUCUUGCUCGGCGUCACGGGCGCUGCGGUUGGCGUGUCCAUCCGCGCGUUCGCCGCUGGCGACGCCGCGAGAGGCCGCGCGGUGACCCCGGCCGCCGCCGUCAAGCCGGUGCGGCAGGAGCUGCAGGGGUUCGCCCGGGAGGCCAGGGCCGUGAUGCGGGUGCCGUCGUUCCAGGUCAUCAUCGCGCAGGGCCUCACCGGGUCGUUCCCCUGGUCCGCGCUGCUGUUCACGGCGAUGUGGCUCGAGCUCGUCGGCUUCUCCCACGGCGAGACGGCGGCGCUGAUGACGCUGUUCAAGGUCGCCACGUCGCUGGGCGCGCUCUUUGGCGGCAAGAUGGGGGACGCCCUCGCCCGGCGGUUCACCAACUCGGGCCGCAUCGUUCUCUCGCAGAUCAGCUCCGGCUCCGCGAUCCCGCUCGCCGGCGUCCUCCUCCUCGCCCUGCCCAACGACGCGUCCACCACGGCCAGGCACGGCGCCGCGCUGUUCGCCCUGGGGAUCAUGGCCUCCUGGAACGGCACCGCCACCAACAGCCCGAUACUGGCGGAGAUCGUCCCGCCGCGGGCGAUGACGACCGUGUUCGCGCUGGACCGGACGUUCGAGGCCGUGCUCGCCUCGUUCGCGCCCCCGGUGGUCGGCAUGCUCGCCGAGCGCCUGUACGGCUACAAGCUAGCGGGCGGCGGCGGCGGCGACGACGAGCGCGCGGCCGUCGACGCCGACUUCGAGAUGGAGCGGCACAAUGCGACGUCCCUCGCCAGGGCGAUAUACACCUCCAUUGCCGUGCCCAUGGCGCUGUGCUGCGCCAUCUACUCGUUCCUGUACUGCACGUACCCCAAGGACAGAGAGGUGGCGUGGGCUGAGGCGGCGCGAGAUAGAGGAGGGCACGGCGGUGAAGGAUCUGACUCCGAGGAUGAAGGCGACGGCGAGAGGAAGCUGCUGCCGCAGUGAGCCGUGUGGCGAGGAAUGAGACCGGCGUGGGUUGGGGAAGGAAGAUAGAGAGGUCGGAGGCGCAGGCGCUGGAUACAACGUCGGCAGCGGCGCGUCACCGGAGGGAAGUCGGGGAAGUGCGAACGGGUACCAGAGUAGCGGGGGCGGGCGCUUUGGGACGGUGAUGGAGAAAAGG